ACAAUAAUUCUAUUUAUAAAUUCCGGUUUAUAAUAUUUACAAUAUUGUAUGUAAAAUUUGACAGUCACUUAACACAACGGAUUUCCUAAUCAUAUACAAAUGGAUUGUUUUCUUUGUCGUAGUCCAAAAAUGAUAAGAAUUAAAAAACCAAACGCACGAGUGGUCAAAAAAGGUUACCUGAAGAUCUAUGAACGAGGGUGUCUAUAUGACGGAUGGAACUCGCGGUUCUUUGUGUUAUUUGAGGACAGUAGUUUAUUAUGGUAUGAAAACCAAAAUAGUUACCACCACAAAGGAGGCAUCAAAUUAAAGAUGGUUGCUAAUUUUAUGGCGGUUGGCCCAAUGUGCCUUCAUACAAGUAAAUUUCCUAAACUUCCGAAAGGCAGACAGGUAGUUCAUCUGAUGGGAAUACCAAAUAUAUUCAAGAGGGGAACCAGAAAAGAAAACAUUAACAUGAGCUGGAUUUUAUUUGAUGGAGGCGAUGAAGAUAUGAAAGCCUGGUUGGAAGCUAUUAAAGCAACUCUACCUCCACCUCCACCUAGACCGGCUCGUUCUUAUCCUCCAAACAACAAUGUACAACCCAGUGCACCAGUUCUACCCUACAAUGUCACGAAUUGUAAGUAUGACAAGCAAUAGUAGCUACCUCGGCCU